AUGUCUUCCACAGCCACGCGAAGAGGGCGAAAUAGCGAGGGCAACCGAACAACUGAGCCUGUGGUUUCAAGCAAGCGGGCACGCCGCGAAGUCCCGGGCGAGAGCAGCGACUCCGUUCUUUCAGGGACUGCGCUCCACAGCAAGGCGGACGCGCAGCUGCUAGCAUGGCUGUUCGAGUGCCAUCGCGUACUUCGGGCGGCAACUCCGCCCUUUUCCAUCAGUGCGGCCUUUAUCGAGGAGCUUCUCAACCCCCGUUACUUGAAAAGCAGCCUUAACGGUGUGCGGCAAAUGACAGGGUGCCUGCUGUCCGACUUGGUUCGGCUGGGCAACAAGCAGGAAUCCUCGGCGGAGGGCACGUUCGCCGCGCUACCGUUUGACGCGAGCCACGCCGAUGAUGUCCUGUCGUGUCUAACUUUUCCCUUUGAACAGGUGGCCAGAGGCGAGACCUGCUUGAAGACGUGCGAGCAUUUCAUUGAGCGGGCAAGCGUUUCCCACGUUUUUGCGUACAUUAUUCCGCACUGUCGCCGGCCGGUACAGGAGCGCCUAACAUGCAUGUUUAGUAGCAUUCAUCAGGCUGCUGGGGCAAGUCCAGAAAAGGAGUCCCCAACAAACAGUGACAACGCGAUCACCGCAAUAACUGCUGCGGAAAUGGGAAGGGUUCUCGUUGAUAUUCUUGGCGCAACCAAAUCCAUCACCCCCGAUGAGAUCGCCCCACUUCUGGCGGAGAUUACGGCCGCUUCACCCACCUUGCUGCGUCGUCUGGAGUCAACCCGGGCAACUGUAAGUACGGCCGGUAGUAAACCAGUUGCAGGCACAACCCGGAAAACUGGCCGAACGCCUGGUGCCAUUAUCGCCGCCCGUGUUUUUUUGGAAACGUUGGAUGUGAUUCACCCCGCCGUCGCUGGCUACGUUCUGGAGUUGGUUGAGCAGGGCAUGGGCGAAGUGGCUGCGGCGGAUGUCACGGACGAGGGUCUGGAAGAAAAGCGCCGUGGACUGCGCAGGGUUGGGCGGGCGAUGGAGUGCCUCGUGGCGCUGAUGGAGCUGCAUGUUGACCUCGUCGGGCAACUUGUCCCUGCGCUCCUCCCGUACCUGGAGCACGAAAAUGCGGAUAUUCGCCUGUUGUUUCUGCGUGGUUUCUUCAUGGCUUUUGGCGCCCAUGAGGCCGCCAGCUCGACGUACCGCCACGCCUUUCUCGCGCUUCUCAAACGCUUCAACGACCCGAAGCACGCGCUGCGCAUUGAAAUGGCGCAGCUGGCGGCAAGCGCCAUUGGGGACUCCACCAAAGUCUCGGCAAGCUUUGCGGAGGAGCGCGUGCGCGAUUUGCUUCCCUUUGUGGAACUUCACCUUGUGGAUCCGCACGCGCUGGUGCGUCGCGCGGCGGUGCUCGCGUACGCUGACAUCGUCGCUGCCGCCCCGUCGCUUGUGACGUCCGCCCGAAUGGAGAAGACGCUCGGGCUGCGCGUCGCCGACAAAAACGUCAAGGUCCGCCAAGCGGCGGUGGAGCGGCUGGGCGGCAUCUACCGCGCCCUGCUCUUUCCGUGGAUCCCGGACGCGGUGAUGCAGUGCCUGAAUGCUGAGGGGGGCGUGUCGCUGUUGGAGGCUAGCUUUGAAUCCAUGCUUCCGCCCCCGUCACGGGUGGCGUCUGGCGACGCGUCGUCUGCUGCGUUUGCGCAGUCGUCGCCCACCGGUCGCCGCUCGGCGCGGGCAAGUAUGGCGCUCUUUGACUUUGAGAAGGAGAACGCCACGCAGGAACGCUCCUACGCUGACGGCUUUGCAAAAAUUUGCUCUCACCUCAGCCCCAAGAGUUUUAACAAGCUGCUCACUUUUGCCGCGAAGAAGGCGCAGCUACGGCUCACGAUAUUGCGUCUCUUCCAGCUGCGUGCCGAGGUGCGAAGUAAGGACCUGAAGUCGGCUGAGGGGCAAGAGAUGAUCAACAACAUUCAUCGACUUCUCAACUUCUUGCAGACCAUGACGCACGCGGAAAAAGGGGAGUGGGAUGCCUUGUUUCGCGCCAAGGACGACAAGGUCUCCAAGGCGUUCUUAGGCUGUUGUGCGGAGGGACACCUUCACUACGCGAGGGAACGGGAGUUACUUGUCAAGGCGCUCAAAGGCCGGGUUGAGGGGCACGUGCUCAAGUUUGUGCAGGAAAGUUUAUCGAGGCAGAUGAUGCUCCCGGUUGAGGUGGAACACGUCAACGAGUUGUUUGUGCGUCUACGCGAGAACCUGUGUGGUGUCUGCGGCGAUGAAGGUGCAACGGUGGACGCGGAGGUCCGGUGCGAGGUGGAGGGCAUGCUCCGUGCACUCAUCGUCUUUGCGCGCACUGCCCCGUCGUUCCUGCCACGCUGCGCCGUGCCUCUUGUAGACAUGGUAGAGCUUGUCUGCCAAAGCAGCAACGCGAACAUCCCGACAUCGUGGGUGGUUCUCCUUUUGAAUUCUGUCACCGAGUGGGCCAGGUACGCAAGUAGGGUCACUGUGGAGGAGCAGGAGCGCGACAGGGACAACGCGUCCGUCAAUACUAUUGCCGCACGCAAAAAAGGCUCUUUUCACGGCCUUGGGUCAAUUAUGUUCCUGCAGCCACGAACCACUUUUGCGGGACGCCACAUCGGAGAUGGUAGGGACCGUGUGCAAGCAUGCCGCCCGCUGCUUCAUAGCCCUGAUGAGUGUUAA